GGUUCUCCAAGGGCAAUGCCUCCCGCACACGCCUACCGGCUCAGCGUCGCGUGACCUUUCCGCCCAGGAACUCGUGGCCGAAUCAACUUCCCAACACACCAUGGCUGUGCUCAGAACGCUAGCGACGUCGUUGAUGAUCGUGAUGGCGGCGGCGGCAGUUUUCGUGGACGCAGGAGACACGAAUGGAGUGUAUUCUCCUUGCAUGGACUCUAAGGUGGAGCGGUCUGACGGAUUCACCUUUGGGAUUGCAUUCGCAUCGAAGGAAAAAUUCUUCUACAACAACACUGUCGAGUUAUCCCCUUGCGAUAGCAGGCUUGCCCUCUCGUCUUCCAACUCUCAGAUCUCUUUGUUCAGGCCCAAGGUCGAUGAGAUCUCACUCCUCACUAUCAAUUCAUCUUCUUUCACUCCGGACACCUAUGGCCAUAUGGUUGCGUUUGCUGGUAGCAAAUACGCGGCAAGGUCUCCUCCUGCAUUUGUUGCAAACAACACGUUUACUGUGACUAGUUUUACUCUUAUCCUUGAGUUUAAGAGGGGCAGGCUGCAAAAUUUAUAUUGGAAGAGAGAUGGUUGUGCUAAAUGCUCAGGAAACUCCAACUUUGUGUGUCUCAACAAUCAAGACUGUGCACUGAAGACUACCAGCUGCAAGAGUCAUGGAGGACCUGUGGAUUGUAGUAUUGGGAUACAAACGGCGUUCUCUGGUACAGAUAAACAUCUUUCGGUUCUCAACUCCUGGUAUGAAGUAGAAAAGCUCCGCCAGUAUUCACUUUAUGCCCUUUAUUCCAAUCUGAGGGAUUCCCUCACUAGUCAGUUUAACAGUUUCUUCUGAUGCGCUUUAGGCGAUGCGUAUAUUUCAUUUAUGCUGUUAUGGUGCGAUUCAUGUGUUUGCUUGCAUUCCAUCAGGUUUUAUAAUCACGCAUAUUCUUAUUUCCCCUUUCCAAUCGAAAUACAGUUGUGAGAACUGAGAACCAUGGUGUGUAAAUUUGUAUAUUAAAGCUUAUUUUUGCACAAAUAGAUUAUGUGUGAAUUUGUUGC